CCGAGAUUUCAUUUUUUGACAGUGUUCCCGAUUUUGCACUCAUUUAAUCAAGUUUUGUGCUAAAAUUAUAUAUGAAAAGAAGAUUCAAGUGCAAUAAAACGAUAGAGCGAGUAUAGUCGACACUAAAAAUCGAGAGAAAUUCUUGUAAAAAUGUGAGUUGCUGCAAACAUAAAGGUUGAAACAAAUUGUCAAAGUGAAGAUGGAUCUUGAGUUCCACUAAGUUAUACAACUGAUAGUUGGAUAAUUUUUCAAUUGUUUGACUGUUGUUAUAAACUGUUGAUGCUGCUGCUAAAGGAGAAAUUCAAAAUGAGUCAGAAACAGAGGUCGACUUCGAAUCAGAAGUCUGAUGUGUCGUAUGUGGGAGUGACGACUAAACCUCAUUCUCAGGGUGCAGAAGGAGGAUCGAGCCACGGGGCGCAGACUCCCACUGGGUCCCAGACGCCACUUCAUAUGCCAACGCCAUUGACGUACGACCCACCUUCGAACUUCACAACGCCGUCACAUAGCCAGGCACCAACUCCUGUUCCAAGCAAACAUCAUGCUUUUCAUCCUCAUUCUUCCAAGGGGUCGCUGGCGUCGUCUCUCGCUAGCACCCCUGUCCCAUUUGGUAAGGGUCAGGGUGGGGCCUUUACACCUACAGGCGGGGCCCCCACUCCGCAGCAGAUGGAGAAGGUGCGCACAGAACUGCAGAGGUUACAGAUGCAGCUGCCUCCGUUGGAUAACGAAUUCGAAGCAAAGGAUGAGCUGAGGCAGAGGGAGUUGGAAGAGGCAAAGACACGAGCUUCCCAGAUGGAAAAAACGAUGAGGUGGUGGUCAGAUUGUACGGCCAACUGGCGGGAGAAAUGGAGUAAGGUCCGCAACGAACGGAACAAGUCGCGCGAAGAGUGUCGGCAGCUCAGGAACAAGUUAGAAAACUUAGUUAAAGAAUUGAAUUCCCUACAGAGGGACAAACACGAAUUGAAAUCUCAGAAUGAUAAAUUGAAAAAGGAGGUGCAGUUAGUUCAAACCGGUUCUGCUGAUGGACAACCAGGUUUAACCAACGGUGCAGGUGAUAGAAAAUCUUUUGCAGAACGAGACACGGAUUGUUUACCUGAACCGGAUAUUACGAAUAUCCGUAACGAUCGUCCGAAUGAUUUGGAUGUUUUAGAUCGAUUAUUUCAAGGUGACCCUGUUUUAGAUACUGCCAGCGCAAGCUCCCUGGUUUCAUUGCGUUUGUCGUCGAAAACUGAUAAAGACGAGAAGAUGAAAAAGAGGAGGAGCAUGGAAGUACCGAAACAUGAUCGUGACGCCAGCUUGAGUCCCAGUCAGGAGACUUCUGAGCUCAUGGACCAGAAGAUAGCGGCCGUGGAAAUGAAGCUUGAGGAGGCUCAGAAAACCAUACAGGCUGAAAGAGAGUCCAAGCAUAAACUGAGGGACUCCGCAGAUCAACUAGAGUACAACAUGAUCGUACUCAAAGAGAAAUAUGACGACUUGAAGAAAUCAAAGCAAGAUGUUAUGGCUGAGUUGGCUAAGUUGAAGGACGAACACAAUGACGAGUUAUCACGGGUAAAUCAAGAUCUAGAGGAUGAAAGCUGUUCCAGGUAUUCAAUGGAUAAAACGUUGGCUGAUCUCAGGUCCGAGCUUGAAAGACUUCAGGCCGAAAAUGCUGCUGAAUGGGGUAAACGUGAGCGAAUUGAGACUGAGAAGUUGGCAACCGAACGAGAGAAUAAAAAACUUCGCAAUCAAAUUGAAGAGUUGGAGGGCAAUUUGGAGAAGAGGCAAAGAUUAUCUGUGAUUGAGUCUGAUAUGAAGGUACUGGAGCUGGAAAUGUAUGAGAAGAAUAAGGAGCUUUCCGAUCUGAAGCAUUCCCAUAGCAAGUUGAAAAAGAUCCACCAAGAGAAAUCAACAGAGUUAGACCAUGCCAAGCGUCGGGCAGAACAGUACGAAUUGGAGGUGAAAAAGUUACGCGCACGAAUUGAAGAUCUGAAACGUGACCUUGCUACGGCCGAAGAUGAGGUUGACACACAGACAAAUAAUUCGCGACGGUUAGUGCGGACCACGGACGAACUCCAAGAAGAGGUUGAGAACCUGAGGACGCAGUUGCAGCAUUCACAAUCCAGGGCUCUGGCUGUGAGUCGUACACGCAGUACAGACUCAGAUGAUUCGGACCCACUCUCUGCGCUUGAAGACGCUAGCCUAAAUGGUGUUACGCCGGGCGAGUAGUCAGACACAGCUAUCGGAUCUGAUGACGAGGGUGAAAUCUCAGAGUUAUGACGACUCGACAGAACUUGAAUCGGACGAGAACUUGUGAUAGCCAUCGAAAAAGUCCGAAAAAGUCUGGUCCAAAGUGUUCAGUUGGACUAGAGGAAUGUUCUUGGAGGCAGAAUCUGAUUUUGGAUGAGAUCUUGUGAUAGGAAGACUUCAACUUGUUCAAAGAACAAUCAGUUAGUUUAAAAGAGCUUCACUUUCAAGAGUUGGGAAGAGGAUCAUUUACGACACAUCUGAUUUCGCUGGGACAUCCAUGCAUUGUUCAUCUGAGACGAGUUCUGAUCUAACGUAAAAAUCCCUUUUCCUCACAUCGGCCUUCUGUUGUGGGUAUGGUAUAAACUUGAUCCAUGACAAAGGCUCAAGCCCAUGCAAUGAACCCAUAUAUGUUGAUAAUCACUUUCCAGAUGCUAUUAGGUCUUACACCUGGAUAUCAAGACCAAGUCUGAUGUAUGGUAUAAAACAGUGCUGAUUGAGACAAAUUAUAGUUCAUGGCAAUAAUCAGAAUCACACUGACACAGCAGAUGAAGCUGAGAUGAACAUCAUUAAAUUUGCAGUACUUUAAGCUUGGAAAUAUCUGUAGUUUGUGAUUUUGUGUAACAGUGUUCUGCACUCGCUAACUACCGGUAUUAAAACAGUCGCAGGUUUUCCGCAUCUCAGAAAAAUUUUGGAUUGUGCGACAGAGAGUUUGGAUCAAUAAUGUCAGAGUUUUGACAUCAUUUUGACCAUAACAAAGCACCUAAUGAGCCAUUUGGCGUCAUUUUGACAAUAAAAAAGUAUUCUCUGAGUCAUUUGACGUCAUUUUGACCAUAAAAAGAACUUUCUGAGUCAUUUGACGUUAUUUUGACCAUAACAAAGUUGUUCUGAGCAAUUUGACGUCAUUUUGGCCAUAACAAAGAACUUUCUGAGCGAUUUGACAUCAUUUUGACCAUAACAAAGUACUUCCUGCGCAAUUUGACAUCAUUUUGACCAUAACAAAGUACUUUCUGAGCCAUUUGACAUCAUUUUGACCAUAACAAAGUACCUAAUGAGCCAUUUGACGUCAUUUUGGCCAUAAAAAGUACCUUCUGAGUCAUUUGACUUUAUUUUGACCAUAACAAAGUACUUUCUGAGCCCUUUGUAGCCUGAGUGUGGAAUGCUAUCGCAACUUUAGUGUAACUAUAUUAAGCAUUUUAACAAACCUGUAACUGCAAUUUCAGUUGGACUUUCCAUUUCAGGGGCAAUCAUUUUCACCUAUAGACCAAACAAAAAUGACCAUGAAAGGUAACUUGUUAACAGUAUUACUGAAAUGUACAAUGCCAAAAAGAGUCAACAGAGGAAAUCUCAAACUCUGGCAAGUGGCAUAGAACUUUUAGUUCACCUGUGUGUGUGUAUUACAAAACUGAUAUAAUUUCCAAUGUAAUCAAAAGAAUUGACUGAUAGAUGACUGCUAAUGGAUUUGUGAUUCGAACGCCUAGACUAGGGAUGAAUCUUCGCAUAAUAUUAAGACUGUGAGACUAUGACAAGUCAUUUUACUACUCCGCUGAAAAAAUAUUGGUUGUAUAAUUGUGCUGAUUUUGCUUAUUUAUACAUGUAAUAGCCAAAAAAACACGGAUGAUAUAAUAAUUAUACAAAAUUGUACAGAAGUACAAUGUAUGAAGUGAAGUUGCUGUUCAAUUCACAUCGUUCUUAAAUGUCUAAGGUGACAUAUAGCUAAGCCAGAGCUAGGGGGUCAAAUUAGUAGUGUUCUGGUGACUAAUAUGUGACCCACCACGACAAAAUGAGUCGCAUGUCGCACAGAAGAUGAGCCUAAAAUAACACCAGGACAUAAUAGAAGAAAUUGAUAUGCUCCGAUUUUACAAAAGGCAGACAAUGGUGAAAUGAACAACCAGUCUGUCUCAACCUGUCAAGCUCAGAGCGACAUGCGACUCAUUUUGUCAUGGCGGGUCACAUAUAUAUAAGAAAAUAGGUCAUGUUUGACUCAGUGAAAAAAGUAUUCUUCAUAAAGCAUAAAUAGUUUCAAUAUUCUGUGUGAUAGGAGACACCCCUAUCGGCAACUUUGUGUAACUUAAUUUGACCUACAUAACCGGCUCUUAGGCCGACUUGUAGACUCCCUUUAAGAAUAUAAAAUUUGACCCUGCUUUUGGCUAUUGAACAGAGUCCUUGGGUCCUGUUGUGUAACCUUGAAGAACCUGUUGCUAUCAAUUCUAAUUUGUAAGUCUAAUUUAAGUUUAUCUGAACUGAAUGAUUGAGCAAUUUAGCAAUGGACAAACCCUACACCAAUCUUUAUAUUCAAUGUUUGCCCAGGGGAAUUAGCUGCAACAUCUCUGAGAUAAGGCUGACCACCACUCCGAGUGAACCAGCCUUUGAAAAACUGGGCCCUUGUAUGGACUGUUAAGAUUGGGCUCUUGUAUGGAUUGUAUGAUUUAGGCUCUUGUAUGGACUGUUCCAUACUCUAUCUUCAUGACAGUAUUGAAACUACAAAGUACAUGUACAUGUACAAGUCUAUAUACAGUCUAUACAAGAGCCAAGUUGAGACAGUCUGAGGCUGCUUUCAAUGGGAGAGUUUGUUAGCCUCAACUCGGAGAGGUGGACAGUCCUCAGAGCGGUUGUUGCGAUUCCCCAGUGUGAUGAUUAGCUGUUUGAGUUCAUGAUGCUGGUUCAUAUGAGCACAUUUGCCAAAAAAUUAUGUGGCGCCGCCAAAGUUUUUGGGAAGUCUUCCCACAAUGCGUUUACAUUCAAGUAAGCUUGGUUGUUCAAGACGACUGUUGGUCUUAUAAACUCGAGUGUACUGUGUACAUUCAUUGUAUCAUUUGUAUAUUGUUUAUGGCUUAGCUAGUCAACUGUUUUAUAUAAUUGGCCGAUAGCUAGUACAGCUUGAAUUUUGUAUAGUAUGGUGAUAUAAAAUGUACUUAUCGAAUAAUAAGCGAGCUUAUAAUGGAAUUGUAUAUUCAGUGCAACAGUGUACAAGUGAUGUCGGGGAGGGGGGAGGGGAUAGGGGGAAGGGGGGUAAUUGUGACUACAUUAGUAAUUAAUGAAUGCUUGCUGUUAGUUUGUCCUAAGACUGGUGUAUGUAAACUCAAUCCUCUAAACUGCCAAAAUUUUGCACCUGCAAAAACCUCUGAAAAAGAAAUUUCACAUUUUUUUUAUUUUAGUGGCUAACAAAAUUUCUUGCCUUUUUCCCGAUAAUUGGUUCAACGGAAAUUUGGCAGUUUACAGUAUGUAACCUAUCAUGAUCUCUUCUAAUGUUCCUGUUGCAUUUAAAUUUCUUUUUGAUGCUUGGCUGUGGAAUAUAGAAUAGGGAAUAAGAUAGAUUUCAAUGAUUGAAUUCUUUCUUUAUAGAAAUUUCAAAAACUAAUAUUAGAAUUUGACCGAAUUUAUAAAUGCUAUAAUAAGACUAGCAACGAAUAAUUUUUUCAUCUGGCCUUUCUUGCCAUAUCAAGCGUGGAUAACCAUUGUGGUUUAACCCUUUUCCUGCGAGUGACGUACACAACACGUCAUUUGCGUGGCACCAUGACACGCUGGUGAUGUGCGUGACAGGUCAUACCCCACUUCAAUUCAGUCACCAUCACUUUAAAUAGCAUUCCGCGAAGUUACUAUUUAUAGCUCACAAGGUCAUUUGCAUAAGAUAUUGAUGACGUUUUAGUCACGUGACAGUCGGACAUCGACACUUAUUUCUACGCAUCUGAGCUUAUUUCAAAGUCAAUUAUCUUUGACCCUGCAUUGUUUUUAGCAUGAAUGAUACCAUAGAGUCAGAGAGAGAAAUAUUCAGAACAAUUAUGUAGUAUUUCCAACACUCGGACAUGUGCCAGAUUGAAUCUAACUGCCCCAGUUAGAAAGCCUGAAUCCAUUACGAAACCGCAUGUUUGUCCGACAUUGCCUGUAAUUCAGUGAUGGGGAAAUAGAGGGCAGCAGCUGCAGUGACCUCAUCAUCGCGGAAUGCUAUUGCACCCCAUGCGAAACACACUCAGGGAAUGUUAGUUUGAUCCUAACAGUAUAGAUGGCGACACUUAUGAAUAGUUUCGACCGCUCAGAUAAAAGUGAGCUCUCUGUUAUUCAGUGUUGGUGUCCACUUUCGGCACAAGACAGCAGCGCCAGCGGUAAAAUGGCCGCCGCAGCAAAGAGGCUUAACGGCCAACUUUGUUCACCAAAAAAAUUUGAAAAUUUAACUCGAAUUUGAAAAUUUCUAGAGGCACUGAAUAUAAAUAUAGUGGAACCUCCCUCAGCGGACACCUCUCUAAUAAGGACAGCCUCUCUAUUACGGACACUAGUUUUGGUCCCAAAUUGGUUGUUUCCAUUCAAUUUGACCUCUAUAAUCCGGACACCUCUAAUCAGGACAGAACUUGUCAGUCCUGAGGGUGUCCUUAAUAGAGAGGUUCUACUGUAUCAACAAUGCCGUUAUGUCGACAGAUAUACAAUUGCAAUAAGAAUUGCCAAGUUUCAGCAAAUUUGCUUGCAUAAUAACUGCAUCUGCGCCAUUGUUUAUUGCUAGUUUCCUUUGCCACUGGUAAAAACAUUGAACACAAACAGCAUCCCCCUUUAAGAGAGAUCACUGUCAGAUCCUCUUUAUGAAUUUUUAUUUCUGUCCAGAUCACCUUGUUAAUAAUCAUAGGAAAUAUUGUAUUGUUAAUGAAAUAUGAAAUAAUUAUUAUGGUUCUAAUGAUAAAUAAAUCAAAGUUUUAUAGA